GAUGAUCAUACAGUUUUAGUUCCUCUCUGUUUUAAAGUGAACUAAAGUGAAGGUGUGGUUGCAAUUGCUGUGUAUAAACUUUAUGACACUUCACACAAUGUUACUCGUGAUUUUACUUAUGAUUUCAUGAUAAAUGUGGAUUCCCAACUCGAAUGUAAGUAUUGUGAACAGGUGCAGCUGUGAGUAAAGAAGGGGGGAUAGGGUGUGGCCUUCAAUAAUAACGUCCAGCACACAUCCGCCCGUCUCAUAAACUUCUUCACAUCGUAAGGUGACAUCAGCAGUUUUUCCCCGAUUCCAGUUAUCACUAUCAUCAUGGCGGUGACCAAUCAACCCGGCAGAUAUCCGGCUUCUGACUUCCAAACCGGCUUGUGUGACUUCUGCGACGAUUGUGGAACAUGCUGCUACGGCCUGUGGUGCUUCCCGUGUCUUAGCUGCACCAUCGCCAGCGACAUGGACGAGUGUUGCCUGUGCGGCCUGAGCAUGGCUAUCCGCAGCGUCUAUCGGACCCGAUACAACAUCAACGGCUCGCUUUGCAGCGACUUCAUGACCAACUGGUGCUGCCUGGUGUGCGCCACCUGCCAGCUGAAGAGGGACAUCGACCGCAGGAAGGAGCAAGGCAUUUUCUGAGAAAGGAGCGCUUCAGCGUGAAUCAUGGUGAUACUGUGUCAUGAACUUGGAGCAGUUGUUCGUUGGAAAAAGUAUUGUUGGAUUCUUGAUAAAGUGAAUAAAAAGUCAAUAAAGUCAAAAAAUAAAGUCAAUAAGGGAC